GCUGCAAACGGCCGUUAUGUAAAAAUAGAAGAAGAUGAUAGUUGCGGGAAAACUGAAGCGAAUGAUUCCUGUUGGUAACUUCAGCUUGUAUGAAGAAAAAGCUUUUAAAAAACACCAUGAAAACUCCAAAUGCCACAGAUGUCAAAAAGGGGAUCGCAGUCCUUUGGGAGACUCUGCAGUGCCCCAUAUGUCUGGAUUUAAUGACUGCACCUGUAUCUACUAAGUGUGACCACCAGUUUUGCAAAUUUUGUAUGUCGAAGCUUUUGGACAACACCAAACAAAACAGAGCCAGCUGUCCAGUGUGUAAAGCCGAGAUAACGAAAAGGAGUUUGCGGGAGAGCCCAGGGUUUCAGAGACUUGUAGCAGGAUUGCAAGAUAUGAUACAGGCAUAUGAACAUGACACCAGCACAAACUACUUUACUGGAAUGUCCCAGCAAAAAAGACAAUCAGGUGUCACAGAUGCUGAAGCUAAUGAACAUACUCACAAUAUGUCGUCUGGGGAUACACCUGGUACUGAUGCUGACAACGUGGAAAAUGUAGACAAUGAUGAUCUUCCAAUGUCUCACUCUUCAACUGUAGCAGCCCAAAAUGGAUUUGCAAGACUGAUGGGACUUGAAGACACGAGUCCCUUGACAACAGAAAAUGAAGGUCUUGACAGCGGCCUCGGUGGGGCCCUACCAAUUUCAGAAAAGAAACCGCCCAGCCCUACAGAUGACGCGGAACCAGUAGAAACAGAAACGUCAGAAGUUGUUGAAAAGGCGACGUCAACACACAGAACUAGGAGCAAAAUCAGAAAUGCCAAAUUGGAGGAAUCCUCUCUUCACCCUCUACUUAUUCCAGAUGAGACAGAAAACCAACCUCGAAGACAGUCCUCAAGGAAGAAGCAGAAAAAGGAUUUGGAACCUGACAAGAUUUUAGAGCAGAGACAGAAGAGAAGUCUUGAGAAGGUUGCUGAGUGGCUCAUGAAAGUUCCAACGGAGGAAAGUCUUGAGUUAGAGAAACCCACCGAAGACACCUGUGACCCAGACGAUUCUGACAGCUCGUCUUCCACUUCAACAAUACACGUCAAUCUACGCUACAGUGAUGUAAAUCCUAAGAGAGAGGAUCGUGCUAAAGCGCUCGAAGAGCAGGUGUUCGGGGUUGUCUACAAAAGAGACCGAAGAGGGAAUAAAAACAUCUCUCCUCCACAAAAAGUGUUUGUCAAACCACCGACACACCCUUCAACUAUAGAAAACAUGACACCUGAAAAAGUAUCCAAAGGAAAGAAGAACAGCCUCACUUCUGCUGAUUGUUUAAAGAAAACCAGCUCUGAAGAUAAAAAAGAAAGUGACACGGAAGAAGAGCAACAAAUGAUAGCACAAGCAAAUGACACCUGUAGUGAAAUUUAUAAAGAAGCAGAAGAGAUAGUCACAGAGGAAAAUAGUGAAAAGGAGAACAAAGACAAGAACGGGGAAGAAUUGAACAGCAUUCCAGAAAGAGACAAUAAUAAUGGCAAAGAUGAGGUUUCCUGUCUUGGGUCUGAUAUUGAACCACGUCAACCAGAAAGAAAGUCAAAGAGAAGGAUGCGUAGCACUAUGCAGCAGGUUGACAGUGAUUUGCAAGAGCAAGCUAAGGCAAAAGUGGAAAGUUCUGAACAAAAGAAAACUGACAAGAGGAAGGGUAAAAACACUAAGUCAGAAAAAGGCAAGCCUAUCAGAGUGCCGAAGCCCCUUGUUUUGGUUGGAGUUCAAAAUGGAGAAACCAGUCCUAAAAGUAGACAAAAGCCAGAAGAAGUACAAGUUCAUAUUGAGAAUUACCCUAGCAGCGAGGACCGAGAAACCCCCAUUAUGAGGAGCACCAGGAGAAGCAGAAGGCUUCAACUCUUUGCCGAGGAAGUCCAGGAAGGUCACAAGAAAGUAUGUGCUCCGACAAACUUCAGAACGAAUGUACCUGGAAAAGACAGCAAUGUGGCAGAGCAAUCUGAGGACGCUAACGGUGGAACAUCAGGUAAUUUGGCCUCACCUAAGAAUGGAAACAUGGCCAAAAUAAAUGGAUGUGUUUAUGAUCAAGAUAUUGGAGGAAUUGAAAACUUGGAGUCUGGUGAAAGAAGAUCUCCUCCCAGACCAACAGAAGAUGUUACAUCUGUCAAAGAGUCCAUUGUUGAAACUCUGUCUGAGGCUAGUGCUGCUUUUGAUGCACCCAUGGUCCCAAACUCUACAAGUCCAGCUGUAGAAGAUUCAGCACGUGAAAGUGACAAUCCAACUGAUCAAUUCCCAAAUAAUAUUCCGUCGCAGACUUCAGUUUGUGAGACUAAAUGUGCUAGUACAGAAAUCGAGGAGGAUAAGAAUGACAGCGAGAUGGACACAGAGCAACUGCUCAGGAGCUUCAAAACCACUAAAAGGAAAUCUUUCCAUCUUGGCGGUCCAAAUGUGAAAAGGAGCCGUGGUUUAGGUGAAGAAAAUGUGCACGAGGAGAGAAAUGAUGCUGGUUCUGGUGUCAAACAGGCUACACAACAGAGAAGAUUUGACAUCACUAACCAAGAUGUGUUAAAAGACAAUGACAACUUAUCUUGUAGUGAUUGGAUACCCCCGUCUAACUCGCCCGUCCUGACAAAAAAUAGAGUUGCCAACAAAGCAGAACAAGAAGUAGAAGAAGGGCUGAUCCCUGAUACGAGUAGUUCAAUUCAGGACAGUGCUGGUAACUGUCUCCUCGGGAAUAGUGUCAGUAGUGCCCUCAGUCCUAAUAAAGUGUCAAAAUGUGAAAUAGAGAGUCCUCACUUUUCUGUUGUCCCUCAGAUAGUAGAUUCUGGACUCUGUUUUGCAGCUGUUGAGUUGUCUGGAGGUGGUGAGCACGAGGAGUUAAAUGAACCCACAAAGUGUUCUCAAAUCACAGACAGUGAGCUUGGUUGUACUGCAAGGGAUGCUGACAAAGUGAAGAAGAUAAGAGACAGCAUUUCACCGGAAAAUUCAGCCGGCUCUGGAAAACACUUCUUAAAUGCAGAGUCCUCUUUAACUCCCGACGGCCUUGGAAUACCAGUUGUCCAACUGAGCCAUGAAACAAAGACAAGCAGCCGUGGAAGUGAAGAGCACAGCAUCCAUUCCUCCAUCAAGAGCAACCCAAGGAAGAGGAGGAAGUCUCAGAGGCUCGAGUCUUCAUCCGAGUCUGAUUGCAGCGGAUCCAAAGAAGAAUUACCGACUUUGACCCAAAUUUUCGGAACAUCAGCUCCUCCCUCCGCGGCGCGCCAGGAUGACAGUGUUCAAGAUCAGGGAGACUUCAGAUGUGAAGGUGCACGUGUUACAGCUGAUGCAGCAGAGCAGCUGAGCCGUCCACCUGCGUGCCCGAGCCCGGACUGCGUUGAUUCCAGCCAGGGGUCUGUGGACUUGUUCGGCACGCCAGAUGAAUGUGAUGUUCCAGUAAAUGACAUUGGUGUUUCCAUGGAAUCAUCACAAUUCUCGAGCGAAGUCCUUGUCACUCAGCAAAAGAUUGAGAUGCAGAAGGAGCUGGUGAGGCUGGAGAAGUUGAUGGCUCUGGUUACAGAGGUGCUUCAGGAGAAAGAGGGCAGUCCUGCCAGCAAAGUCCCCUCAGAAACACAUCAGAGCUCCAAGACCACAGGCCCAGACGCACACAGACCCCCUCCAUGUGACCAAAGUUCAGACAGCAGGAAAGACGUUGUUGACGCAGGAUGGGAGUCAGAUCCACGACCAUGUGAUGGCAAAGAAUUCGCCCAGCCCGGUGUGUCAAAGCCUGGCGGCAUUGCAGAGAUGGCCGGGCAGCGCUCCACACACACAGGGCCAAAUGUAAACGGCACCGGAGCCUCCAAAGCACCGAGUUCAAGCUCAGCAGCCAAAACACUUAAGAGCGGUGGCUCACCAUCAGAUGGGCAAGAGGACAAAGAAAACAACACUCCAGAGAGAGAGAGGAACAAAGCUAAAAUGGUGCUAGUGUCAUCUGGAUUAGAGCCUACUGAACAGAUAAUGGUUAAAAAGUUUGCCAAGCGAGUUGGUGCCCGUGUGGUUUCCCGGGUGACGCCAGAGGUGACACAUGUCAUAAUGUGCACAGAUGAACAACUGGUAUGCGAGCGCACGCUGAAGUACUUCCUCGGCAUCGCAGGAAGGAAGUGGGUGGUGAGCUUCCAGUGGAUUGCAGAGUGCUUCAAACAGAAGAAACUCUUAGAUGAGACUAUCUUUGAAGUGAGAGGUGACGUGGUGAACGGGCCCAACCACCAGGGCCCCAUGAGAGCUCGCACCACUGAUGACAACAAUCUGCUCAUGAAGGACCACAAAAUCUGCUUCCAAGGACCUUUUACAGACAUGACUACAGAUGAAUUGGAGUGGAUGGUGGAGUUAUGUGGAGCAGCUGUAGUGACAGAUCCUCUUCACCUUGACAGUAAGCAGAAGUCCCAUCAGCUGGUUAUUGUGCAGCCAGGAUCAGAGUCGUGGUCGUCCUCAUACAGCAGUCUCUCUAGACAAGCUACAGUUGUGACUCGCGGUUGGCUGUUGGAUACGGUGGCGACCUACACCCUCCAAAACUACAGCAACUAUACAACAUGACCUGUUGGUAUCAUCACCAUUAUCCUGUCCUGCAUUCUGUCCUUCUCUUGACCCUUUUUACGACUCCUUUUUUAACGUCCAGUUCUGUAAUCCAUCCGUUCUGUGGAUAAACAGAAAGCACUGUCUCGUGUGCGCGUGUGUUCUGAUGUACAUAAAGUUUAACCAACCUUGAA